AUGGACAUACCAUCCCAUCCCACCUUGGCUACUAAUGUUUCAAGAGUCGGGUCGAAGCAAUUACCAUCCACAGGACAUAUGGAAGCUGUGAAAGCUGUUCCCAAAGCGGUCACUGGGCUUGAGAGAGGAUAUCUGGAGGCGCUACGGGGAAAUGUCAUAGCACGACAGGACUACAACACGCUUCUGGAAAAGUCUGCUCAGCAGCCGAGUUCGCCGCGCGUAGAUGCUCAAGGGACACGUCUCUCUGAGCAUGUUGAGCUGCUGAGGCUGAAGAGAAGAAAUGAAGAAUUGCACAUACUGAAAAACUACAUGAUCAAGCUAAAAGAUACAGCUCCUGCGAAACCUGAUUUUCUGGACUUCACGACAUAUCCAAGACAUGAAUUGGACUUUCAUUUGUCCGCACAUCCUCAUGCUGGCACUAGCGGCGAUCAGGCGGAUGAUUCUGUUGCUACCGUUAUGAGACAGCUAGAAGUGGCGGUCAUCAGUGCGCAAUAUCAGGUAACCCGUGAGCACAGGCUUCUUGCUGAAGUCGAACAAGAUGUCGUUGCCGUACCUGCUUCAGUCAGAGAAAAGAACCGAUCUCGUGCUCUUGCUGCUACAAGGAAUGAACUUGUCGCCUGGAUCGAGGAGAAGCUCUCCAGCUCACAAUCGAGCGACAAGGGUACGGUAGACCAUUCACUGCAUGGAGAGCAGACGGAGUCGCCUAUAUCGCAAAUCGAGAGCGAGAUUAUGGAGAAAUACGAUGACUACCUCAAAAUGCGCAGAAGAAUGUUAGACCUAAUAUCUGAUCUCACCAAUUCUACUCAGCACCCGCCGCCUGAGGCGCAACGGUCUGACGUCCACCAAGAUUCUCCGAAUCAGCCAGCUCAGCCUCCUACCCCCAGUCACCUACCAUUCAUUCGGACCCAAAUUCAACAUCCUACCCAGCUAAACCAAUUCCAACGCCAACAAAGCACUUACCUGGCCAAUCUUGUCAAGCAAGAACACAACAAGACGACCUCCGAGCUCUCCCGUCUCGCAGACGAAAGCCACCUUCUACCUACCUACCCGAUGCUGUCGCAGCAGAACCGGCUCAGUCAUACGGCUGCUGGUAUCACGUCAAACUCAUUAUCGGGUGAUGAUAUGGCCAGCGAUGAGGCAGACGAGGUAAAUAGAAGAAUGAAGGCAUGGGCAUUUGCGGCGGAUGCGUCAAGGAAAGCCAUGAAGGAGAUUAUGGAUGUGCAUUUGGAAAGGGGUGGUGAGGCCAUCGAGGAAGGCAAGAGGUGGGUUGAGAGACUGAGGGAGCUUGCUGGUGAUGACAAUGAGCUCGGACCUCAGCUAAGUGGGAAGGGGAGUAGAGACGACGAUAAGGACGAUGAAGAAGAUGAAGAUGUAUGGGCUCUAGAGGCUGCUGUAGGUACUUUGGCCAGCAGGAAGCGGACUCUCAAGGGAAGCAAGGAUCCAUGGGCUGGGUUUCAGGGCGAUGUAGGGUUGAGGACGGAUACAUGA